UAAGACGAGAGGAGGAUAAGCGUUCAAAGUAUGUCCCCGGAAUCGUGUCAUGCAAUUUUGACGUUACUCGUGCUAUGGACAUGUUUAAGUUUCAGCGUGGGUUCUCCACUUCCAGAAACAACCGCUACCGUAUUGUUGCCUAUGAAAUUUGGCGCGGCCAGAUCGAUAUCGGGUUUCAAAGAAUCGAAAGACGGGAAGAACGAAAUCCUUCGUGAACCUGCGAAUAGAUCACCAUCAUCGAUCAGCGCCAAUCUCUAUCGAUUGCCACCCUCCCCGGCUAAUUUGUUGAAACCGGAUGGAUUUCAAUUUUACACGUACAACGAGAGAGGAGAUAUGAUCACGAGGCAGAUGACGAUGCAAGAGAUUCAAGCGUUGAUCGCGAGUGGGGGCCCAGAUCAUUCGAACGUAGAGAUUCAAGAGCCCCAGAAAGCUGAGGAUAUCCUUACGGGAGGGAAGAAGGUAAUGGAUGUUGUGGAAAAGGUACAAAGCGUACUGAAAAGCGCCAUGGGUAAACCAUUAUCGACGCUCGCUGGUUCUCACCCGGUGAUUCCAGAAAAGGUGAACGUCGAGUGGAGCAAUAUUUUACCCGCCAUUCUGGCUGGCGACAAAUAUGGGAACAAGGUGGAGGAAAGUCAUCACGCCGAGAGGCCAACAUCACCAAAACCAACGUUAUCCGUGUACCAUGUUAUCCGCAAUGAAUCGUCUUCGCUCUCGUCGAAAUCCAACACGACCACGAUGGAAAUCGUGUCGUCGGUGGGACACGAGGAUGUGAAGCACGUCGAGGAGGCGAUCGUUAAAAACGAAAGAAAUAAAACGCAACAGGCGACGGCGUCGAUCAAACUAGAACCGACAACAGAUGUCUCUUAUACAGAGAAAUUAAUGAUACCGGUAUCUGUGAUCACAACCGAACAAGAUGCCGAUCUCAUCUCCCGAUACACCACCGCUCAGACUCCCGUCUUCCAUAAACUGACUGAAAUUGUUCCGUUGGAAGAAAAGAUCGACGACGAAGAGAAUUUGGCACCUGUAAAUACCGUAGUCGUCACGAAGUCAACGACGACGAUCAGCGCCUCUCCUCCAUCCUCUUCCGAAUCCAGCAAAAACGACUAUCACGAUUAUUCUACGAACGAAGCGUUAGAUUCGAAAAAUGAUUCUUCCGUUAUCGACGGAGUUACCGAUAGUAUCGAUUUGCUGGCAACGAGAACGAAGAUAAAACCGAUAAGCGGCGACGUUCCAUCGAAGAUGGAAACGCCGUCCAUGAAUCAAGUUCAAACAUCGAUCACGGAUCAACCUUUCACGACCGGAUUGCCAUCGGAUUCUUCUUCUUUCGCGUAUACGAAAGACAGAUACAACGUAACGAGUCUUUCGCAAUCGACGGAAUCGUCGUCGAUUGUACACGACACGAUGGUAACGAAAUCGACGACGAGCGAUCAUACGAUCGACGGACCGAUCCACUCGUUGAUACACCCUUCGUCCACGGAAAUAUUAGACUCGUUGUCAAAUAUAAUCGGUCAAAUCUUCGAAAGGAUUCCCUCUUCGUCACCUUCGUCCACCUUCGACGAAUUCGAAUCGAUUUCUAGUCAGACAACGUGCAACGAAUGUAGUACCACAUCCAGUAUCACAUCUGCCAUCGUUCAGAGAACGACACCUCCAUCCGUUACCGGCCAAGAUUCGAAAGAUGGAAGCAAUACGUUCGAGGAACGUGUUCAAGAAACGACGACAAUGACGACGUUAAAAAUCGAUGAAGAGAACGUUUCGUCUUCUUCGAUCGUAUCGACGAAUACGACGGACGAUCUACAGAUGAUUGAUGAUUCCGAUAUCACGACGAAAUCCGACAUUGUGCAAUCCGUCACUCCCAAUGUUCAUUCGGACAGUUCAAAUAUUACGAAAUCUACGAUGAACGCGACGACGACCGAUUUUAAUUUUAAUCCCUUGCGACCUGUCGAGAUUAUCGAGGAUAUGCUUCACACCGCUUCGACCGAAACGAGUAAAAUCGUGACCGAGUCGCUCACUUUACCGAAUGAUUUGAGGGACAAUCUGUUACCUAACACUGUAGCUAGUGCGCUUAUUGCCAAUCUGAAUUCGUUCAAUUUGGACGGUAACACGUCAAUAAUGUCGUCAUCCCCUCAGAGGAUCAAUUCGACAGAUGUUUCGCCAGAUGUUUCACAGUUAUCUUCUGUUACGAGCGAUACGAAUGAUGCAACGAGAGAAAAUUCGACGAGCGAGAACGAAAUUCAACGUAUCUCCACGACGAAGGAGAAUUUGCCAGAAUUUUCUCGCGAAGACGAUGGGGCAACGUCAGGAAUAACGGAUCGAACGGUGGCCGUUACACGAACAAACGUGGAAUCUUCUCAUCCGCAAAACGAAUUAUCGGUUACUCCGAAAUCUACCAUCACCACCACCGUAUCUUUAUCCACGUUCGACACUGUUGUAAAAAAUUCCGUUAUAUCUGAAACUGAUACUCCGUUGGUAAAUAGUGCAUCGAUCGAGCAUACGUUUAAUCCUGUUUAUGAGAUGACGACGAUAUCGAAUAAUGGAAAAACCAAAAUUCCAAAUGUUGGAAAAAUUUCUGAAGAAGUGUCGCAGAGGAAUAACGAUUCCAAGAUUGAGUCGAGCAACGCGACAGAAAUAUCGUCGCAAGAAAAUGAUAAAGAAAACACGUAUCGUCCCGUAAUAAUUGAAUCUAGCACGGUUGCUAUGCGACCGUCUAAUGCAGAGAAUAAUUCGAAAGAUUCGAUCGUACAAGAUUCCUUAAAAACAGAGACACAGCAAAGAAACGAUACGGAUCUCAAAUGGAAUACCACCUUGGUAUCUUUUAACGAUACAAAGUCUUUCAUCGCUAUUCCUCAAUUGAUCGUAACGACCGCUAUACCAAAAGUAUCGUUGAACAGCGAAACUAGUCAGUCUUCGAGUACAAUCACCACUAUGAAUCCCAUCACGAAAGAAUCAAACGAGGACAAAGAUAUUACCACGAGUACAACGAUGAAUUACACUCCCGAUUGGAGUAAUAAAUCUGAGAAUAAAACGAAGAAGCCGAAUGAAUCGUACCAUAAUGAUGUCGAUACGAAGGCAAGUUCCAUGUUACAGAGUAAGAUAAAUAGCACGAAUGUAAAUUCGCAACAAAACACGUGGCAAAGGAUAUCGUUGCAUCAAGUAACACCGUCUCUAACACCAACAGAAUUCACCACAACGAUGAAACAACAACCAACCCAAAGCACACCUCUAUCGAUCACAGUAUCGACUGCGGCAAAAACAAAUUCAACCGAAGAUUGGAAAACACAUUUUCAAUCUACUCCCGUGAACGAGAUGGAGGAAUCGACAUUUACUCUAGACGCAUCGAAAAGUAUCGGUGGAUUGGAUAUUAGCACCAGGAACGCAAGCGUGGACAUCAUAAAUUUUUCCAGGCUUUGCAACGAACUUGCCGUUAAAUUUUGGAUCGCAGCGAACAGUGGUUUGGAUAGCGGAAGAUCGCUCGUUCUUUCACCGUUCGGCAUGAUCAGUCUCUUGUCGAUGAUAUUUCUUGGCGCUCGAGGCUCCACCUCUGAUCAAAUGAACGAGGUGCUCGGACUCGACAAUGUGGCCACUUUCAACCCGCAUCUCACUUUUCAAAAUGUGACCGACACGGUGAGUUUGGCCAGAAAUCAAGGUAUCGCGAACGCGGCCUUCGUACGUGAAUUGUUCGCGGAUAAGGCCAAAGUAAGACGAUUGUUGCCGUUCUAUAAAGAGCAAGCGCAACAAUUUUACGAAGGGUUGGUGGCCGAGGUUAAUUUUGCCACUAUAAGCGAUCUUGCCCGUCGACGAACCAAUCUUCUGAUUAGAAAACAAACCGGGGGCAGGAUAAAAGAUUUCGUGAGGAGCAAUUCGAUUCCAUUAAGAUCGCCGCUCGCCGCUAUCUCGGCAAAUGUAUUUCAAACGGAUUGUAAUACAAGUUCAGCAAGUGCGACGGGUCGAGACGGGGAAUUAUAUUUUGCCGUUUCGUCUGCUCACAGAUUGAGAAAAUUGAUCCCCGUUCCGGCCACCGUUUGGCGAUCGAACGUACUUGCAGGUUACGAACCCAGUUUAGACGCCACUGCAAUCGCUCUUGGAGGUAUUGAUAAAAUCGUUUCCACCGUUUUUCUGGUGCCUGGUCAACAGGGCCAUGCUGCACCCGGCGACACUUUGGACCGCCUCGAACAAAGACUCACGAAAGGAGCAUUUCAGGAUGGAAGUUGGGAUAAACUACUCAAAGUUCUUAUACCUAGAACGGGCCUUGAAUUGCAAAUGCCCAAAUUCAGUCAUCGGUCCAUUGUAAAUGCUACCGCUGCUUUGAAGAGGUUAGGACUCGAUCAGUUGUUUUCAAAUCGUGCCGAUUUUAAAGGAAUCAAUGGAAUCGGAAAUCGCCUGUUCUUAUCCGAUGUUUUGCAGAUGAAUUUGUUCAGUACGUGCGGCGAUGAAAAUAUCGCUAAUGGACGACAUCACGUGGAAAUUUAUCCAGCAAGUCCUUCUUUACGAAAUUCUCGGCACAGCGAGUUAUCGAAUAUAGAGAAACAAUUCAAUAGUAGAGUGCUCCAGCCGAUCGACGUUCAAUCGAAAAGUUAUCGUACGAUUUCACUGAUGGAAACAACGAAAAAUGUUGAAAGAGCAGAGGAAAAACCUAGAUUGAAAUUGGAUCAACCAUUUCUUUAUUUUGUGCGACACAAUCCGACUGGUCUUAUAUUACAUAUAGGCCGUUUUAAUCCUAGGCUAAUAUAAAUUUAUCAUAGGAUAUAACUUAAUUUCGCGCCUUUUUCACGUAUUACAUAUGUAUAUGUAUGUAUAAUCGCAUUAAAUUUCUCGCUGUUAUCAUCACGUUCAUUCAUAAGUUUUCGAUCGAUAUCAAUUCAUUAAUUCACCAUUCAGAAUUGCCAUCAUGUAACAUGUUUAGUAAAUAAAAUAAUUUAAAAAUCUUA